AUGUCGAAUAAUCCACAAGAUGUUUUCAGAAGGUUGCAGAGAAUAGCAAGUGAAGCGGGCAGAACUGGUGGCGGAGGGCCGGCACCAAAGGGAAUAGCAGGUGGAAUGGCUGCACUUAUUGGCUUGGGUGGAAUCAUGAUCGUUGGGAAUAAUGCCCUUUUCAAUGUUGAUGGUGGUCACAGAGCUAUCAAGUAUACAAGAUUAGGCGGUGUUGGCAAGCAAAUUUAUAGUGAAGGAACACAUUUCAAGCUCCCAUGGUUUGAAACUCCUAUAGAUUACGAUGUUCGAGCAAAGCCACGCAAUGUCGCCUCCCUUACUGGUACGAAGGAUUUACAGAUGGUAAACAUUACCUGCCGUGUCCUCUCAAGGCCUCGAAUCGACGCUCUUCCUCAAAUCUACCGAACAUUAGGUACCGAUUACGAUGAGAGAGUGUUGCCAUCUAUUGUGAACGAAGUUCUAAAGAGUGUGGUUGCGCAAUUCAAUGCAAGUCAAUUGAUCACCCAACGUGAGAUGGUCGCAAGAUUAGUCAGAGAAAAUUUGUCGAAGAGAGCAGCUAGGUUCAACAUCAUGCUUGAUGAUGUCUCUUUAACGCAUCUGGCAUUUUCGCCUGAAUUUACAGCGGCAGUUGAGGCCAAGCAAGUUGCACAGCAGGAAGCCCAACGUGCAGCAUUCGUUGUUGACAAAGCACGUCAAGAGAAGCAAGCUAUGAUUGUGAAGGCCCAGGGAGAAGCACGAUCUGCGGAAUUGAUCGGUGACGCUAUCAAGAAGAGUCGAUCAUACGUUGAUCUUAAGAGAAUCGAGAAUGCAAGAGCAAUUGCUCAAAUCAUUCAAGAAGCUGGUGGACGUAAUAAGAUGUAUCUCGAUUCGGAGGGAUUGGGAUUAAAUGUCACCGAGGCAUUUGAGGAUAAAAACAAAAAGGCAUAA